UUAAUAACGGGCGUCAAGUUUAAAUUUGAGUAGGAGUUCUGUAUGAGAGAACCGGUCGUUUGGAACGGUUAGAUAGCCUAGCUGUCGUGCUUUAGCUGAGACUCGGGACAGUACUAGUCUCGGACAACGAAAAAACGCCAUGGCCAGCCCGCAGGAAAAGUACAAGUCGGGCGAGGAAAAUAAGAGUAGACCAUACAGCGAGAACCUCACUGAGUGCCAAUGUGAGACAUGCAAACCAGACGUGGGAAACGUCAUCUACACUAUUGCAAUCCUCGUCCUAGGUGCACUUGCUGUAGUUGCUGGCACUUACCUCGGUAAAGAGACAAUACAGGCCAUUGAAGACUACAAUUUUCCCGUCGAAUAUGCCUCUGGAGAGGAGAUAGCUAUGUCCAACUUCCUGGCGUACGACAAUGUCGCUGCUAUCUUCAUUCCUCAGAGCGAUAGCGCAUACCCUGGAACGAGCACUCAGACAUUUCUGGACUUCAGCACAAAUCUGAUAAGUAUCGUCGACAGCGUCAAUAACGUCUGUUUCAUUCGUGAUCUGAACACAGCUCACCUCCCUUCAUUCGCCAAGGUCAAAGGAGCUCUGGUGAAUGGUAGUAAGUUACUGAGCAUGCUAACGACCGUGUCUUCCGACGGACUGAGGAUCGUGGAUGCCUCCUGUACUGAAGUGAGGAGCCUGGGCACUUUCGCCAAGGGCGAGUGUAUGAGCAGGAAGAAGAUAUUCUCGGCAAAGCCAGGAAAGCCUCCAGCAGCGGGGACCCGCCUUAACUGCACCGUGAGCAUCCUGCCCUACUAUGAAACCAAAGAGGUCAGUGGGAAAACCAUGGUUCAAAUCACACGGUUUGACCAGGUGGAAUCAUCAUGUGCGACACCCUAGUUUCACAAAAGAGCAAUAACUUUGUCAGACAACAGGUUCAAUCAAGAAAAUGAUGUCUUCGGGACCCUGUCACGCCAGUUUGGCAAAUGUGUAAAAUUUGUAGUCUGUUCUCUUUUAUGAUCAGUGAUUAUAUACUGUUGUUCAAUCUGUCUUGUCCCAAGUUAUGCAUCCAUUAUUUUGCGAUGUUGGACCGCAGCGCUUUUUCAGAUGACUUCUGGGCUUUCGUACGGGUGAGUAUCAGCUUUAGGUUUCAUCAUGUAUAGAAAUAUCCUUAACCACUAAGAUUGUUUUUGAUAGACAAGUGAAUAAACUAGAACAUUUGGUACA